AUGAAAGGAGGUGUGCCUGUUGGAACCAGAGGGUGGAAUCCCUUACACUGUGCUGCAGCAGGUGGUAAUGAAGCUAUAAUUGAGACUUUGCUAUCUUCUGGAUUAGACAUAGAUUCAAGGGAUAAUGAUGGUACAACACCCUCAAUGGUGGCAGCUGCCAAAGGGCAAGAGAAGACAGUAAACCUUCUUCUCAGCAAGGGAGCUGAUCCACACAUUAAAAACUUCAUAGGAUUAAAUCUGCUUCAUGCGGCAGCUGAAGGUGGCAACACUUCCAUUGUGAGAAGCAUGCUUUCUUUUGACAUUGACAUUAAUUCAAAAGAUGAUGAAUCUUCAACCACCCCAUUGAUGAUUGCUGUCAUGGAAAACCAUGUUGAAGUUGUGAAAUAUCUUCUUCAAAAGGGUGCAGAUAUAUCUUUGACAGUAGGAUCUGAAAAGAGGAAUGCUUUACACACUGCAUCAGAGCAUGGAAGUAUUGCAGCAAUUGAGUUAUUGCUCUCUCGUGGUUUAAGUGUUAAUUCGAGAGAUGGGCAGGGAAACACACCAUUAAUGUGUGCAGCAGCUUUUGGACAGAUAGAGUCUGUAAAUUGUCUUCUUAAACACGGAGCAGAUCCAUCACUGAAAGGGAAAGGUGGAUGGAGCCUUCUUCAUUGUGCUGCUCAGUCUGGCAAUGUCAUCAUUAUUGAGACCAUGCUUUCUAAAGGUCUUGAUAUUGAUUCCAGAGGUGAAACUCUGGGUUUAACCCCUGUGAUGGUUUCCAUAAUCUUUGAAAAAUUGGAGGCAGCAAAAUAUCUGCUUGAGAAGGGUGCUGAUGAAAGUUUGAAAACCACUGAGAGAAAAAUCUCUCUUUUGUCCCUUGCAUCAGCAGGUGGUUCUGUUGCAGCCAUUGAGAUGCUGCUCUCACAUGGUUGUAGCAUUGUUUCUAGAGAUAAUGAGAGAAACACGCCAUUGAUGCAUGCUGCACGUCUUGGAAAUACAGAGGUUUUAAAAUAUCUUCUUGCUCAAGGUGCUGAUCCAUUACUUCAAAAUAAAUUCGGACAAGGUCUGCUCCAUUUUGCUGCUCUUUCUAACAAUGCUGUCACUAUUGAGGCUGUGCUCUCUCAAAAUUUUGACAUAAAUGCUAGAUGUACUGACCUUGGUGUAACACCACUGUUGUUUUGCUUGAUAAACGGUAAACUGGAGGCUGCAAACUAUCUGCUUGCAAUGGGCGCUGAUGAAAAUUUGAAAAGUAAGGACGGGUUGACUGUUCUAUCUGCUGCAGCAAUUGGUGGUGACGUUGCAGCCAUUGAGAUGCUGCUUGAGCGUGGUCACAACCCUAAUUCCAGGGAUGGUUGUGAUGAGACACCCUUAAUGUGGGCUGUACGGGCGGGAAAUAAAGCAGCUGUCGAAUAUCUUCUUCCUCUCACACACGAGAGUGUUGUGAAAGGCCACAGAGGCCCACACUUUUAAGAAUACUUGCACAGGUGUAGUUAGAUGUAAUAAAUAUUAGUUUUUAAAUGAAUAGGAGAAAUUCCAAGUUUUUGUUACAUUUAUAAUGGAUUGGAUGAUUAUUGUCUUUAAUUGUAAUUACUCAUAAGUUUGUAUUUAUCUUGAUGAUAAUCCAGGGCAACCAUCCCCAACCCAGCAGGUCAAAGGUGGCAGAUAGUGAAAGGCCUUGACUGAAGAUUAGCUCCAAAUAAGCUGGCUUCCCAGUGAAUAAGGAGUUGCAGACCAAACUGGCGGUGUACUUACCAGGAUGGGGUGAGGCUGCAGAUGGCACUGCUUCCUCUAUAAAAUGCUCCAUAAAUCCAAUGACAAGUACAUCAGGCGGGAAAGGGCCGCCUUUAAAGCCCUAGCUCGGGCAGGUGGAGCUCGUUAGCCUGGGAGGGCAAUCCACUUAAGAGAAGGAUUACUUCAUCCAAACCUAUCUAGUGCCAGGUGUAAUGGACAAUUAAGUCAUGCAAUUACCCUGGGUUCAAGGACAUGACAGAGAGUCCUUUACCCAUGCUCUAGCUAUGGGUAAAUAGUUGUUGUUCUUUUGACAGUGGGCUCUUCAACCAGAAGAUAGAAGAUGCCACCUCUGUUAUAAAAGCUACAGCCCUACGAAUCUUACAGCCUCUCAACUUGCUGAGCCACUGUGAAUCUUCCCUUGGCUUAAAGAGUGGGAUUGAUGUGCAUGAAGUGGUCCUCACUUGAAACAUACAGAGCGCAGGCAGGAAAUAAAGACCUGCAGCAAUGGAACAUGGCAAAAAAUGACAGUCACAGAAAUAACUCUGCAUGUCGGUGGUCUAGGGUAACUUGGUCACUUGCUUGUUAACAGAGACAAUCAAUCAAGCAGCUCACCCCAAGUAACCAAGCAGCCUUUUCUAGGGAUGCACUGCUUGCCCUGAAUAGAGAGGGGUCUAGUAAUGGUGACCUAAAAAAAAGCUUGUCUCAUCCUUACCCAGUUGGUUGGCCCAAUCAAUAGGCAUCCCUAGUUUAGAGGUAAAAAUAAGUUUAAAGAUUUAGUAUAAACUAAAAGACAGACAUGGAAACAGAAAAGGACUAUGAAUAUGAAUACAAAAUGGCCUGCUGGACGAUGUAGACAAUCUAAGACUUGGAAGCUAGUGCUCACCCUCACACAAAAACCCUAGAAAAAAAAACCCUUUGGCCUCUCAGCCAAAAUUCUGGUAUAUAAGGCUGUUGUCAUUUAUACCCUCCUGUAAGGGGUCAAGGCAUGGGUACUGUUUAGAGUGCAAAUCAGUUUCACUGAUGCUGCCUUUUCUCCAUCAUGAACAUUAGAUAGCUGGACUACAGAACCAAUGAUGCAGUCCUGGAAAAAGCCAAUCUUCCCAGUAUGGAGGCCAUGCUCAUGCUGAGACAAUGAUGGUCUGGCCAUGUCUCCUGUAUGCCUGAUACAUGAAUCCCAAAGGAGCUAUCAGAAGGAAAAUGAGACAGAGGGGCUCCAAGAAAAUGCUGGAAAGGUCAACUGAAGGGCCAGUUAACUCAAGCAUGCAUUAACCCCAAACAUUGGGAACAGCUUGCAGAAAACCAUGCAGCAUGGUGAUCAACAACAAGAAGAGCAGCACAAGAUUUUGAGAUCACAAGACGAGAGGUGGCAGAAGAGAGGAGGAGAUGAUGAGAGGAAGCAUGAGAGCAGGAUUCAACAGGACCUACCUUCCUGUGCCCUUAAUGUCCUAGGAUCUGCUCAUCAAGAAUAGGACUGAUUAGUCAUCUGAGGGCAUGCCUCCCCUGGCAGGACCUUCCCACAACUGAUCCUUGGAUAUGAAGAAACUACCAUUAUCAUUACCAAUUAUAUUGUGACAAGGCUGUAUGUAUCAUAUUAGAGAUUCAGUUUUUGAGAUCAUGUAGAGACAACAUGUGUCCUUUAGAGUUCCCACACUACAAUGCAUUUUACUCUGAAGGAAUAACUUGGCUUUUAGAAAACAUUAAAAGGUUAUACUAGAGCACAGAUAGGCAUGCAGUUAGUUUCAAUGACUAACUACCCUUGGCCGGGCUAGGAAUAGCUGUCACUCCUCUCAGCUUAGGUGGAGAGAAACAGUACAAAAGACACAUCUAGAUUUGCAGGCUUACCUAAAGAAAAGGCUUAACCCUUUAACUCCCAAGAUUUGAUUGUCAGUUCUCCCCUCCAGCUGCUACACAUAUCUUUGUAAUCAGUUACGAGAAUUUGGUGUUCAAUCAAGGUAAUAUCUUGUUCCUGAUAAGUUUGAGUAUUCUCACUACCUGUUUCCUGGAUAAUUUAUGAAUAUAGGGGGAAGUUACAUGUUAAUCACUUCUGGGAGUUAAAGGCUUAAACAUCUAACUUUUUUACAUUUCUUGGUAUAAUGUACAAAAUUCAGCUUAUUCUUUCAUCACAAUGUUUUAGACACUCAUGAACUUUUAUAAAUCCUAGUUAGUUACUUGUUAGUAAAUGGAGAUUACUUUCAAUUUUUGUCAGAUGGAUUGAUAAUCAUCUUGUAUAGAUCAGUGUGACAAGCUUUAUGUACUUGUUUUUAAACCUAAUUUAACUUAAAAUCAAGAUCUGUUUAAUUUCCUCUCCUCCCUAGAUUGGUAAAAAAUUAGCUAUUUGCUAAGUAAGAUUUUUUCACAGUGAUAUAAUUUUAACUUUUUGUUGUAGGACGUAAAACAGUGAGAACUAUUGAUUUCAAUUUAGCAUCAAUGCUAAGGGUUAAAAAUACUACUGUAUGCCAUCUUGAGUGUUUUCAUGUAAAAGUGGUAGAAAUUUUCUGACUUAACAAAUAAAGAAAAAGAGCAACUUUUGUGAAAUUUACUCUUGUUGUUCCCAGGAGAUUGUAGCUAUGCAAGCCCACUCUUAUCACUGAUAAAAUCUAGCAGUGUCUUUCAAAUCUAUUCAUAGAUGAUAAAGAUCCAAUUUCAAACUAGAUUUUAAAAAAUGUGGUGUGGAUUUUGAAUAAUUUCAAAAAAGACUUAGCAAAGUCAUUAGUGGCCUGUGACCUAGCUAUUAGACUAUUAAUGUUUCAAGACUUAACUUUGCUUAAAGAACAAGCAAUAUACAAUGUAAUGAUUUGUCCAGUAUUUCAGAGCACUUCAGUCCAUACUAACCCCAGAAGGCAAAGAACAAUAUCAAGCAGUGAAAUGCAGAUGUGACCUUUGAUCACCUCUACAUUCUAUCUUAGCAAUUACUUACUUGCACUAUAGCAAAACAGAUCACCAUAAUUCUUGGGGAAGUUGCUGAACUUUUAAAUUUGCUGCUUUAUGGAACUCUGUGAUGUUAGAGGUCUUACAUGUAGGAGUAUCACUUAAUGAAAUUUCUUUCAAUUGGUUAGUUAUUUUCUUCAAGGCUGAGAACAAUGUCUAAUGUUACUAAAGUCAAUGCAUUAAUCUUGAUAAGAUACUGCAACCUUUUCCCUCUCUCAACUAUAGGAAGAAAUAUAGAAAAAUGGGAAUGGGUUUUGCAUAAUCUUUUUUCUGGCUUAAUAGGUAUUAACAUCAGGUCAAAGAAAGGGUCUAUUAAGAUCAGUCAAUCAAUGCAAUCAUCUGCUGCUUAUUUUCAAAAAUCAAUUUUAUUCAAUUUAAAUCAAUUUAUACUAUAUCCACAUGACAAAAUUUGCCAGCCAUGAGCAGACAUCAAUCACGAAUCUGUUCCAAUACACCUACCUACUAUCACACAGUUUUUUAUCUUGGCUAAUAGACUCAAUGCUAUUUCACAAAUUUGACUGACACAUUUUCUAAGAAGACAUGAAGUUACAAAAACUUGAAUGAUUCUGUGAAGAGAAACUUAUCAUCAAAUGACCAUGCUUUCUGUGAAUACUUCCAAUCUAAGAUGAGAAGGCAGUAAAGAGGACAUCUUGAGAUUUUCUUAGGGUUGAUGCAAGUCUUCAGGCUGUUAUGAUAUGAAAUUAAGGGUGCCCAACAAAAUCAAUUAUCUUGUACUUUUGACUAACAAAAAAAAAAAAAAUUAAGCAAUUUGCAGGUAUAUCAUCAUGUAAGGGAAAUUUUAGUAUUAUUAAGCAGCUUCAAGAUGAUGGAACUUUCAUGCUAAAUAAAAAUAUCCAGAAAAAAAUUGUAAAUAACUUGAUUGAACAUAUUAAAAAGUUUUACUCCUGUGAAUCUUUUUAUGAAUCUGCUAUGGCCUAUUGGCAACAACUGGUGCUCUCAUCACUGUGUCAUUCAAGCUCCACAUUUCCAAAUGAUACUUCAUCAUAUUUUGACCUGCAGAUAUUACACAAGUGACAAAAUGUUAUUUUAACCCUUAAAACCCUUUGGAGUGACCAGCAUCUAAUUUCUCCUACGUUACAGGAAUACUGCUUAAUCAUUCAUUACAAUCAUGAGAAUAAAGGAAAUGAUAUUAGGGUGCAAAGGAUUAAGAUUAACUUAAAUAAUUAAAGAAACUACAGAAAAAAUGAGCCUAAAAAAAUUCACGCUUAAUCGGGAUUUACACAAGAGGCCAUCAGAUACUAAUUGGACACCUGAGUCUCGUGGAUCACAGCUUGCUAGUUGCCUUGUUCACUGUUGCCAUGGAAACAUAAUUUGUGAUCCAACUACCACCGACUACCACCAGUGUGUUUGCAGUGAUAAAAGCUGAAGCACUGCUAGCCAGAAAGAAUACACUUUAUCUGCCACAUCUUGGCAAGAAACCAGUCUUUGUAAAGGUACAUUCUCAAUGAAGUUUGGUGGAAGAUGUUUGCCACCUGUGAAGAUGUAGUACAGUUAAAGCUUCCUUUAGACUUAAAGUAAAAGAAAAUUGUGAACUGCACUAACUUGUAAGUGGAACAGGGAUUAAGGUAAAUUUAAUGUUAAAAUUUGAUUAUGAAAGAUUUUUAGACUAGCUUUCAGCCAGGAAAAGUAUUCUUGUUGUAAUUGUACAUAUCCACAAUUAAUUUCAUUUUAAGUAACCAAAUGUUUAUCUUAGCCUAACUUUAGACUCUAAAAACUUACUAAUAACAAUGUGAAUUUAAAAGCUUUCCACAUGUCUGCCAAAUACAGAAUGCUUUUUCUGAAACUUUGGAUGCCAAAAUUGUUUCUGGUCACCAUAGCAAUCAACACAUUUGCAGCCAAGGGCUCUCUCCUGUUCUAAGCCUAUGAAAAUUAUAUGAUAUGAAAAUUGCAUUAGGUGCAGGUAAAAUGUACAGAUUCUCUUUCCCUGUAAUUCUUUACCUUGUCUACAAAAACCCUCUGUGUCUUUCACAGCACCAGGUGCAACAUAGUCUACCCUAAUGCCAUCUGGGCCCCAUUCAACAGCAAGAUGUCUUGACAUACCCUCUGAUAAAGAGAUAGGAAACAGAUUAUCAGAGAUUGAAGGGUAUGAGAAAACAUCUGAAAUCCUAGCCCUGCUGAACCCUCUCUGACUGCCAGAUCUCACGAAUAAUUUUCCUUACUGUCUGCUGUCUCAUGAUGUUGGUUCAGAGAAUUUAAAACUGGAUCAACUCAUAAUCCCCUAGUUCAUAUUUUUCUCCAUUACAAUCACUUAAUCAUCAUGGUAUUUUGUCUUGGUUACGAUGUGAUUGUAUGAACUUACCAAUUGCAGCUUUUGCACUUCCAGCAUGACACUGAUCAAGACAAUUUCCCCAACAAUAUUCUGAUGAAAAGGGCUCAAAGGCUGAUUCGAAGGAAUUCAUGGUCUUCAUCUCCAGGUGGUUGAAGUGCAAAGAUAUUAAAGUGAAAGGCCUCAUUUCAUUAUUGCAAAUGAAGUUCAAACUGAUAUACAUGUUUAAUCCUUUGAAGUGAUCAGCAUUUCAUUUCUUCCCACAUCAUCAGCACACUGUCAUCAGCAAUACUCAGGAGAAUCAAAGAACUGAUCAUAAAACAGAAAUUGAACGGAUCACAUAAUUUGAAAAAGGAAAUGUAUGUAAACUAGCAAGGUGAAUUCAUAUGUUGACGGGUUAAAGAGCUAAAAAGUCACAGAAAGUCACUACUCAUGUUUUGGUGUCACUUCAUCCUUAACCUUCCCAGAUCUGACUCAGAGUUCUCCUACAUUCUACCUUCCCUAUGUUUUCUUGGAAAGAGAUUAAGAAUUUGGUGUUAAGUCUAGAUAACAACUUGAUAAGCUGAUGUGUUUGUGUAACCUCAUCAUAUCUUUGCUGAAUAAUGCUUUGAUAUUUUCAGGACUUAUUAGUCCUUAAACACCUCUGUCACUUUUACACAAUUUCCCAUUUGACUGUUAAGAUGGCAUAGAGUCAUUGCUACUUAUUUUCGUGUAUGGUUUUGUAAGUUUGUUGGUGAAUAGUGCCUCUGUUUUCAUGAGGAAUGGCUAAAAAUUAUAAAUAUAUUUUCAAAUCACUGAGCGAACCAGUUCUGUUAAAGAUGCUGCAAACAAAAAAUCUCUCUUGUAAAAAUAACAUUAUUUAAUGGAGUUUGUGUUCUCUGUUUUACUCAUUAUAUAACUGACCAAUCAUAAUCCAAUCAUUUUAUAAUCUUUAAUUAAUCUCAGUAGAUAAAAGUAGUGACCAAUGAGCUAGUUUUGCAGAGCUAACUGGGUUAUAAUGGAAAUAGGUUCAUGUAAAAUCCAAUUUGGUCUGCAGGCAAUCACAUUCCCUGACUCAGUGCUAAAACAAGAAAAACUGCCUGCUAGAACCUCACUUUGUCAUUCACAAACAGGAUAAUAGAAAUAAUCAGAUGACGAUAUACCCUAUUACCAAAUAAUAUAAAUAAAAACUACCAGGGACUUAAGAAAAACUGAAAAUAACUGUAAGUCAUACACAUCAAAAAAUUAUCCUAACUUGACACAUCAUCUAAAUGAAUGAAUUAAUAAAUUCAUAUAAAUUAAUUAAAUAAGCUUUUAAAAAUGGACAGAUUAAUGCACAGAACAACAAAAGAAAGGAUAGAAGAAAGAUCAGAAAACAAAAAAAUGUGAGUAUUUAUCUUAAUAUGAAUCUAGACAUUAAUAACUGAGAGGUCCAAAAAUGAAAAUAAAUAAAUUUAACUUACCAACCAUAUAUACAAGAGUUAUUAGCAACUUUAAUUUGGGAAAUUUGUAUCCCAAACCUUCAACCUAUUAAAAAAAAUUGUAAAAAAAAAAUUUCAGUCAGAAAAUGCCAAAUAGCAAUGAUUCCAAGAGACAGUUUAGGACCUGAGGCAUAAAUUAUUUCUUUAGAGUUAGGACAUCUUUCCAAAUUUUAAUUUCUUUUCCUUCAUUUUUUCUUUGAUUUGUUUGACUAAGACAAGGGAGAGAAGAUAAAAGAAAAUGAAAGAGAGGAAAAGGAAAUUUUACCAAAUCUUAAAUCUGAAUUCCAAACUUUAACCUGAUUAGACAAGCAAAAGAGAAAAACACAACUGUAAGGCCAGAAGAAAAUGGGCUCACACUGCUUAACCCUUUACACCCUAACAUCAGUAUGCAUAUUCUCCAUACUGUUCUACAUACAUUUGCAAAGAGUGGCAGUUCAUUUCAGUUCAUCUAAUUUACACAUACUUAGAAAAUCUCCAGCACUAUGGGCCACUUAAGCUUUAUUUUUCAAAAAUGUAUCAGUAGUAAUAUUCUAGCGCCAAGAUAAAUCAAAAUAGAAUUUUACAUUAAGCUUACCACAAUUCUGGGUAAAUGUCUCAAUUCUCCUUCUCCGUAGAUACCAGCUGGUCUUAAAGCACAGGUCUUGAGAAUUUUCCCAUCUGUGGAUGAUUUCCAGGCAAUGAAAUGAAUUGCAAGUGGGUUCACUAUUUUUUAGAUAAAUUUUGGUAUUUGCUGGACAACAAGCCAAUUUUUUUUGUUGUAAAAGAGUAACAAUCAUGUUUCCUUCAGUUUAAUAAGAGGAAAUGUGUUAGUCAAAUUUAUUUUAUGAACUAAAAGUGAUGGAUGUUUUUGAAAUGAUGGUAUAUUUUUCAAUCAAUCCAGUUAAAAAAAACAAACAAAACAAACAAACAAGACAAAAACAAAAAACCUGGGGCACCGCAGCCUAAACUUAUCUUUACCCUUCAACUCUCAAGAUCAGAUUGUGAAUUCUCCCCUCUAGCUGCUACACAUUUCCUUGUAAACAGGUAACAAGAAUUUGGUUUUAGAUCAAGAUAGGACCUACCUGAUAAGUUUGAAUAUUUUCAUUACCUGUUUGCUGAAUAAUGUAUGGAUAUUAUAGAGAGAUGUUACAUUUUGAUCACUUCUGGGAGUUAAAAGGCUAUUAAGAAAAUCCUUAUUGCCUUCAUUUUCUUUUAAAUUACAGCUUUAUUUCACAAUACAACCCAUUACAUACAAGACUACAACAACUAUUGACAUCAGUAAAAAGUUACAGCAUACAUACAAUAAAUCAAACCACAUACAUACAUAAGAAAAAAAAAAAAGUGAAGAAUGAAAAAAGAAAAAAUAAAAUAAAGGAAAGUAAACCAGCAACAUUACAUAAAAACUGAACAUUCCAGUGUAGUUCUGAGUAUGAAAUUACAAUGUAAAUAAGUAAGGUUUUUAACAUAAAAAAUAAACCUGAAGGAACAGUUACAUGACAGACUGAAGAUAAACUUUAACCUAUCUGUUCUACAUUAUGUAUAAGGAUUAGUUUAUUAAUUUUUUGAAACCUUUAUUUUCACCUGAAGUACAUGAUUUACAAAUAUUAAUUCAUAUGAUGCCUCAUCAUUUCAUUCCCAUACAAUAUUUGAAUUAACAAAGGUAUUAGGUACUUAAUAACAGUUCUCAUAAUGCAGACACAAUUCCGCACAUUUUUUUCCCAAAAGCACCUAAAACUGUAAUAACAAUGCUCUCAGAAUGGACGAUCACUUCUGAAUCUUGGGUAUUAUUUUACACCUCAUGGCAAUUAAAUUAUGUUGACAAUGUACCUCGACAUCUGUAUCACAUAAAAAAACUAAGCUGCUCUGUAUUUUACCUCUGAUUAAGCCCAGGAAAAUAUUUAUUAGAAAUUGAAGAAUUUUUUUCUCAAUAAAGCAAUGUUGAUAUAAAAAUCUCACCUUUUAAUGGUACACCAUUAGCAUUCAAAACAGUUUGCUCUGCUAUGGACUUUGUUCUGGAAUAAUGGUCAGGAUGCUCAAAAGGCUGACAAAAGUCAAAAGAAAAUUUCUCAUACCUGACCUAAAUUAUGAUUUAUUAAUCCAUGAAUACUUUUCCCUCACACUCUCGGCAAAAAAACUGAUUUUGAAAGAAAACUAUCAACUACCAGUUUUCUGUUUAAACAAACUUUGCUGUUUCACUUUUGUUUAUGUUUGUUUUUUUUUUUUUGGUCACAAUUUAACAACCUCAUGCAUAUUUCUAAUUGAAGAAGUUGUCAGAGCUUCUUCAGUAAUCUUGAGAAGUACAUGGAACAUGCAUGGAACAUUUUGAAAACUUGAUAACAUAGAUAUAGGAGUUAAAUAGUCUACUUAAGAGAGAUCUCUCACAUAUGGGCCUGGUAAGAGGUUGGCAGAUGUGUCAUGUAAAUGGGACUGUCAAAAUGGAAAUAAACAGACUUUGAAUUUUUGCAUAAAAAAUAGUUGUCUUUAAAAGCAAAGUUGCAUACUCCAGAGGGUUUUCUUUCUGGUUUGGUUCAUGUUUCUUUAUACCAAAUGGACUAAUAUAUGUAUAUGUGAAUGUUUUAAGUUUAACUCUAAAGAUAACAGAAUAGUUACCUUUUCUAGAGGUAAAUAUGGCAAAGUCUCAUCUCAAUUUCUGAUAACCUGCCCUCCAAACACCACAUUAUUUGUACUUGUAACAUGAGGUUGUUAAAUUGUGACCAAAAAAAAAAAACAAUUAAGAACAGGUUUAAUUAAUGUGAAGCAGAAACAGUUUGUACAAUUAAUUAAUGUGAAGUUACAUAAUUCAGUUUUAUCUGCAAUGUAAUUUUAAUAAAACACAGUCUAUCUGUCUAUCUAUUGUAUAGACAAGACGAGCCACGUUAUGCUGACAGCAGGCUGGAAAGAAUGAUUAAACAUUUUCAUUACGACUGGUUUUGUUUGUUUAGGAGAGUCAAAGUAUAAUUCAAAAUCAAAAAAAAAAUUUUAAGUAAACUUUAAUUCCAAGCCAAGUUUUACAUAUCACUAAAUUCACAGACCUUCAGUGAUAUUUUUUGUUCCUAGAAUGUUGACCCUCUAUAUCUGUUCUCUGCGUGACUGAAAAUAACACACAAAAUUCAAAAUAAAGCACAGUUUAAUUUUAAAAUUGAUCCCAUUUCUUUCCUUCAUUUCAUCUUGAUUUACUGUUUUCAUGAUAAAAUACAGCCAGAUGCCACAACAGCCUGAGUUGCAAACACAUCACUAGUUAAAGAGUGGAAUAAUAUAUCAUAAUAAUAAUACAUAUUAUAAUAAUAAUAUACUAUAAUGUUAUUAUUUACAUAAAUAAAGUUGUUGUAAAGGAAGUCCUAUUCCAAUUCCAAAUGAUUUCUACCAUGGCCAUCUCAAUGUGGACCAUGCCCAAGAACAGUCCAAAUGAGAAAACCCUUUAAUCCUUUAACGUAACCAGCAUCUACAUUCUCCUAACGGUAUCAUCCCUGAGUCAAAAAAAAUAGGAUCAUCAUAAUAAAGGAAAUGAUCACCAGAUUACAAAUACUUUGAUUGUUAAACAGAUUCUCUUUGUCAGUACCAUGGGAUAUGUUUAGGGAACAGUAUAGAGAAUAUGGAUACUGAUAUCAACAGAAUUUAAGGUAAAGGACAGCUUGGAACCCAAUGAACAAUCAUGUUGCAGCUUAUUCCAAUUAAGGAGCAGAAAGCAACAAGCAGUAUUGGUACAUCCAUAGGACUGCAUUUCAGUCUAAAAAAUCAGUUUUGACUGAGUAGGGUUGGGCCAGAGAAAGACAGAGAAGACAGAGAAAGAUUUAUCUCUCAAUCAUGACAUUUGGAACAGGCACAGAAUCCAAGCUCUGCACAUCUUUGAAUCCAAAACCUGGAGGCAAAUGUAUUUUUGUCUGGCCCCACCGUUCACUCAAUAACUACAACCUACUAACUCGCUCUCUUCCAGACUUUCCAUAUGAUGCACUAUGAAAACCACAUCAAUCUGAUGACUGAUAAAUAUCUUUCUUACAUCUUCUUUACUUGUUAUAUCCCCUAAAACAUAUAUAUGAAUCUUAUGACAUAAAAUGAGACUUAAAUGUUUAGAAAAGACUUCACACCACCGGGUGUCUGCCACAGCAAAUUUAAAAAACUUCCAUGUAUUUUCCCCGUGGCAAAAUUUAAUAUUUUCAUCUGUGCGUAGCACAAAGGCGAGAUCUGAAAGGAGUUGUUUUGGUAAAAUAAUCCAAAGUGAAUUACGUAAUUUACCGAUCAAGUCUGCCUAAAAACACUCCAACAUCAUCCAACGGCCACGAGAUGUUACACAAUACAACCACUGCUCCCAUCUUCUUCAGCUCAUUCCCCAGCUUGUGGCCAAAAUAUCCUCCUCCUCCAGUCACAAUAAUUUUUUUUCCUUGGACCAUACCAACAUCCAUUCACAGAUUUGCCUCCUAACUCAGACUUUCGUUUCCGCUUAAAUACACGAGCCUGCAUUCAACCAGCUGCAACGUACCUACGCCACGGGCUACAAAAACAGCAGGGUGGUGUAAUAGUCAUAUCUUAUAGCCGAGGAGGGGUUUUGCCUCCUCCCCCCCCCUCGCCCCGCCCAGCCCAAUGUUGUCACGUGAUAGUAAAUCAACUAAUUAAAAAUAACUCAUUAAACCGAAAGUCAGACUGAGGAGGGCGGAAAUCGACGUGAAAUGCUACUGUUACUAGUGUUAGGCGGUGUUUAACCAGUUUAUUUUUCUAUACGUAAUAGUUUCAGCUCUUAUGAAGUAAUUUCAGGUCAUCAUCACCGCGUGACACUGAACGGAAUAGAUACAGGACCUUCACUUCCCGAACAUACCAACAAAGACUUGGUAAGCCAACUCAUGUUAACUUUUGAUGUAUGAUGCCUAAAAUUCUUACUGAAAUGAAAUGUUGGUAAAUAUCUGAGAGCAACUCAUCACCUCUAUUUUCAAACAUCUUUUUUAAGACGAACAGUAGACAAAAACGUCUUCGCGGGUGUCCCUUGCAAAAAAAUUGCUCUGACAAAAUUUAGGGGUGCCUAUCUAUUCCAGAAUCCAUGACAAAAAUCUCGUGAUUACAUACUGAUCAGGCGGUGUUGCCCACUCUGAUUGCAUUGAAUUAUGGUGGGCUCCUGAUUCGGGCGAAAAAACUCCAAAUGACAAAUGAUUAUGUUUCAUAGCUGCGAGCAAUAUCGAGCUUAUGAAAUCAGAGAAUUUUCUUAGAUGAGUCACAGACAUUUCUUGGUCAGCCGAUAAAACAAUGAAUGUUGGGUCAAGUUUGUGCUUAUUUAUCUAUAUUUACACUCAAAUCAACAAGUUUAAACAAGAAUAAAGAGGAGGAAUAUUUUAUUCAGUUUGUCUGGUAAACAAGAAAGCUUUGUCUGAAAUUUUACAAAAUUUGAACUUUCAACAACACGCGCCAAGAUCUAACAAUGGGCUAGAUAUCUUUUACGUGAGAAUGAAUAAAACGAGAAAAGGUAUCACUUAGAGUGUUUCCCGCCGUUUUCUGAAGUCCUUGAUUCUCGCCCUUUUUACAACUUCGACAUACCGCAUUUCUUAUGUUCUAGAAAUAACGUGCGUUGAGAAAUCCAAUUUGCGAAACUCCAUUUUACGCCAGUUCUACCACAAUAUUUAACUGCACUGGACCAGAGAUAGAAUUUCCAAUGACUCAUGCUACACUUAAAGGUCAUACGAACGACGAGAGAAAAACAUACUUUUUUUUUUUAGAGAACAUCAAAAUAUUUUCUUGGCUUAUUAAGAUGGAUAAAAUUCCCGCACAGCCCUAUAGCAUUGUUAAACAAAUCUGUUUUUCCAAUGGCAAUGUAUUGUUUUUGUCAUUGUGUGCUCUGUUCAAGAACUGAAUGCAUAAUGUAGUAUGGGGCUGUGCAGAAAUGUUACCAUUCUAGUGUAAACAAUUCUAGAUUUUUUUCUGUUUAAGAUUAAACUCUUCGGUUUAUAGAUCUUUCGCGUUCUGUCUUGGGUUAUCAUUUAAUCGGCCGCCCUGGCGGAAAGUAUAUUGGGUAAAAUUUCUGCACAGACCCAUACUAUAUUAUGCAUUCAGUUCUUGGAUAGAGAAAACAAUGACAAAAACAAUGCAUUGCCAUUGGGAAAACAGAUUUGUUUAACAGUGGUUUGGGGCUACGUGGAAAUUUUACCCCAGUUCUACUAUAAUAUUUAACUGCACUGGACCAGAGAAAGAAUUUCGAAGGACUCAUGCUAUACUUAAAGGUCAUAUGAAAGGCGGGAGAAGAACGUACGAUUUUUUCAAGAGAAUAUCAAAAUAUUCGCUUGACUUAUUAAGCUGGAUAAAAUUUCCGCAUAGCCCCAUACUAUUGUUAAACAAAUCUGUUUUCCCAAUGGCAAUGUAUUGUAUUUGUCAUUGUUUGCUCUGUUCAAGAACUGAAUGCUUAAUGUAGUAUGGGGCUGUGCGGAAAUUUUGCCCCGGCGAGUUCUCCUUGUCCAUUUUUUGGUGCAUUGAAAGUACGAUUUGGCGGCCAAAAAGUGUCCCUUUUAAGCGCACCGCCAAAACGAUCAUAUUACAUAGCGUUUCGAUCGUUGUCAUCGAAGAGAUUUUACUCCAAAGAAACACAAGUUUUAUGGAAUUAGAUGGUGGCGAAUCCAAGUGAUGUGUGAAAGUCGAUGCAUACGAAAUAUUCAUUUACCCAUUAGGCGAAAUGAGUCAUAUAGCAAUGCUGCACUUAAACUGAAGAGGCUUUUGUCUAUUAAAAUUCCUCUUUGAGAUUAACUUCAAUCAGAUUGCUAUAAACUCACUCGUUUUCCGUUAGACCGGCUCGACGACGAGAGCCUCUGUUUUUGCACUCUCUGGGGAAAGGAGCAACUUGCAGUGAAACUGCCCGAUGACUUCUCGGCGAAAAAUCAUUGUGCCUCGUGAUGCAGCUGAUUCUUUCGUCGAAAGUUCGCUUUUGGUUUCUUAAGGGAAUUACUCUACAGCAACGAAACUCUAGAGCACUGACCGAGGGAACCUUCGCCGCACUUAUUGCGAAGGAAUGAAAUGUUUUGGCAACAGAAACGAACACACUACUCAUUCUUAACAUAAAUUUCGCCAUAGAAAACAAAACACAAACGCAAUAAACUAAAUAUUCAGUAGAGGGAGAGAAACCGCCUUUGUCAGUCUUCGUCGAAAUCUUCGUUUGAUGCACGCGGUCCUCCUUCGUAGGGCUGAACCGUGCUCGCAACUUCCAUUUCUUCUUUGCUACUUGAGUGCGAUGUAUCACAACUCUCGUUUGAGCCUGCUGAAGGUAGGUGUGCAUCGCUAUCGGUCAUAAUUUCAAGAGUAUUUCAACGCUGAUCGAUACAAACGCAAAAUUACAAGAGAUGUGAGAGAUUUGUAAGUGUUAACUGAGAGUUCUCACAGUUUUUCUACGUCAUCACCCGAUAAUUCGUUACCAGCCCACGGGACAUUUUUAAGAUAAAAUAAGAGCACUUUAGGGCCCGAAAAAACCGUGUUUUGGGCUUUUUGAAAUUUUUCUUCUAUCGGAAUUGGUUUGUACAUAUGAUAAGCUAAAUAUUUACGCAAAAAAAAUUGCGUGUCAUAUGGGCACUUUAAUCCGUCGCCCCGGCGGAAAAUUUAUUGGGUAAAAUUUCUGCAUAGCCCCAUACUACAUAAUGCAUUCAGUUCUUGGAUAGAGAAAACAAUGACAAAAACAAUACAUUGCCAUUGGGAAAACAUAAUUUUUUUAACAAUAGUAAUAGCUUUUAAUAAUUAUUUACAGGAAUGGCAUGCAGAAUUUAUUCAAACCCUGCAGGUUAUGGCUUAACAAUUUGUGAAAUCUUUAGCACUUUAAAAUAACUUUUUUUAGCACUGAAGUACCUCUCCUCUGCACUGUUUCCUGAAAACUUCAUUUCUCUUGCAUGCUUUUCAGAAGGAAGAAAUUUUUACCUGAUCAAAAAGGCAAUAUGAUUACAUGCCAGCAAUUUUCAGUGGUCAUUUAACACAGUGGGCUACAGGUAGUAAUUUAACACAUUUUUUGUGAAUAAGUAAUAAAAGUAAUUUAUUUUCUUGUGAUUUUUAUUUUAGCAACUUCCUGUCCAACAUAAAAGGUUCCUGUGAUGUCGGGACAAUUAAAGGUAGCAGAUCAAACAACUGCUUCUGAAAAUCACAGCAGCAACCAAGUUAUUUUGUACACUCAGGUGUCAUUUCAUUUUAAGGAAACUUCACUUUUAUCCAGACUUUAUCAAUGCAUCCCUGCCAACUCUCUCACUUCAGGAGCAAAUUACUUUCCUGCAGAUAAGAAACUUUGCAACUACAUAUUACUGGUAUUUACCAAGCAGGAGGUUGAUGAGGGAAAAAAAAAUUUUUUAGAGAGUAAAAUAAGUUCGCAUCAGUUUAAGAUUAAGAGUCCACAUAGAUGACUGUAGUAAGUUUUUAUUUUUGGAUGAUCGAGGCUGAGGAAAAAUAUGUACUAGGUCUUGUGUUUCACACUUUUUUUUAGAUAAUAAUUGAUCAUACAAGUUGUUUAGAAUUGGAUGAUUUAAAGUUUGCUAUUUCAUGCAAAACCAAACUCUGAAUAUCUGACGAGGAAAAACUUGUGUGUAACAUUUUUUGUGUGAUGUCAAACAGUUACAGAUGCAGGUCACUUCUUAGAGUUUGAGAUUACACAGUUAUAUCACACUAAUCGUGGUAUCCACAACAAUAAUUGUUCUUUACUGUCUCACAGAAAUUUUGCACAACUUUUGCUCAUAAGUUUAAUGAGUUUGUGAUGUUGCCAAGUGAAUUGAAAAUUAUAAAGUGUCUUUCAAAAGUAAAAUAAUUCACAAAUGAGUUUUUUUUUAUAUUCAUAUACUGUAAAUUGUACUUUCCUAAAUCACAAAAAUCUUGUGCUCACAGAACAAUGCUGGGGAAAGAAAACUGGGAGUAACCCUUUUGAGUGCUGAAUGGAAAACUUCAAGCAAUGGAGACUUGACAACCAUCAACCGAGAGCUAGCAAUACAGAUGGCUAAACAUCCUAAUGUGGAAGUCAGUGUUUUCUUACCUCAGUGUAGUGAAGAGGACAAGAAAGAUGCUGAUAGUUACAAUGUUAAACUCAUUGAAGCAGCUAAACUGGGUGGUUUUGAACCAGUUGAUUGGCUAGCCUCUGUACCUGACGGCCAUGCUAUGGAUUGUGUUCUAGGCCAUGGAGUAGCUCUUGGUCGGCAAAUUCAAAUCAUAAAGAGAAAUUCCAAUUACAGUGAUUGCAAAUGGAUUCAAGUUGUCCAUACUGCCCCUGAAGAAAUUGGCAUGUACAAAAGCAUUUCUGAAGGUCAACAAAAGCAGCAAACAGAAAUAGAAUUAUGUCAAAUGGCAGAUCAAGUUAUAACAAUUGGCCCCAAGCUAACUGAUGCAUAUAAGCACCAACUCAGAAAACAAGAUGUUUUUAACCUGACGCCAAGCGUUUUCACAGAAUUUUCAGAUGUGCAGCAAGCAAGUGAUGAAGGAAGAAGAUUUUGUGUCUUGGUAAUUGAGAGUGGUGAUAGUGAAGAUUUUGAUGUUAAGGGGUACGAUACUGCAGCAAAAGCUAUUGCUGAGCUAAAGGAUAAAUCUUACCAACUCAAGUUUGCUUCCAAACAGAAAGGAAAAGAAGAUGAAUUAAAACACAAGUUACUUCAGUCUGGUAUUGGUUGUAAUCAGCUAAGUAUCUGCACUUUAGAUGAAGACAGGGAAACAUUAGCAAACUUAUUCUCUGUGGUGGAUAUUGCCAUACUGCCCUCAAAAACAGAGGGAUUCGGGUUGAGUGCUCUUCAGGCCAUAUCUGCUGGUCUUCCAGUACUUGUCAGUGGUAACUCAGGAAUUGCAGAAGCCUUAAAGGAGGUGACUUAUGGGUCACAGUGUAUAGUGGAUUCAGAGGAUCCUGCAGCCUGGGCCAGUGCAAUAAAAGCUGUGCAUGACAAAAAAAGGAAUGUACGACUUGAAGAGGCUAAGAGUCUUCGUGAAAACUAUUUGCAGAAGUUCAGCUGGGAGGAACCUUGCAAUUUCCUUGUCGAAAAGAUGUACAAUCUUGCAUUUGGUAAGUUUUCUCAUAUUGCAUCAGGAAAGCAGAAAAUUUGAAAUAAUGACAAAGCUCACAUGUUCUGCGUUAAAUAUUCAAUUUACCAGUUAGAAGUUGUUUCUAAAUGCUAUAGGGACAGUAGUGUUAUGGAAUAUGACAAAUUUACAUGUAAGAAAACUGGUAAUCCAAGUCUAUAAGUUGGUGGUAAUGGCCAUACAAUACAGUAACUGUUCUUAAUAACAGUGGUGGCCAAAAGUUGUAGUUUGUGACGAGUUGGUAUGAGACUACUCCAUUUAGAUGUAUUCUAAUCUUUACUUCAGGAAAGAAGAAAACUUGGAAUUCCGAACAUGAGAAUGGAGGGGCAUGUUCAUCCAGUGGUAAGAACCAUAGAGAAUUAGCACUGACUGAUCAUGUUCAUCAGUAUGAUGAUGUCUUUGCAAAUUUUGUGGAAAAUCAAUGUUCAUAUUUGAUAUUUUAUUAUUACCUAUAAUGUAGCACUCAGUUGUCCAUAAUCAAUGUGACUUCACCAAACCUUUAUCAAAUUAAUUUUCCAAAAAUCGAGGUAAGUUUUCUCAUCUUGCAUCAGAGAUGCAGAAGUUUUAAUCAAAUUUGAAAUAAUGUCAAAACUCACAUGUUCAGCAUUAAAUAUUCAAUGUACCAGUUAGCAGUUGUUUCUAAAUGUUUUAGGGACAGUAGAAUGUGACAAAUUUACAUUAAAGAGAACUGGUAAUCCAAGGCUACAAGUUGGAGGUAAUAGUUACUGUUAGUAAUAAUAGUGCUGGCCAUAAAUUGUAGUUUGUGACCAUUCAAUAUGAGACUACCCCAUUUACCGGUAGAUGUAUUCUAAUCUUUACUUCAGGAAACAAGCAAACUUCGAAUUCAGAACAUGAGAAUGGAGGGGCAUGUUCAUCCACUGGUAAGAGCCACAGAGAAUUAGCACUAACUGAUCAUGUUCAUCUAUAUGAUGAUGUCUUUGCAAAUUUUGUGGAAAAUCAAUGUUCAUAUUUGAUAUUUUAUUAUUACCUACAAUGUAGCACUUAGCUGUCCAUAAUCAAUGUGACUUCACCAAACCUUUAUCAAAUUAAUUUUCCAAAAAUCCAAAAUCAUCAGGCUUCUUAUGCUUUUCUCCAGAUCCUGGGUUCAUUUCAUUGCAGCUCUAAAAUUAAGUUAACAAAAUAACAAAUGGAUGAUCAUUCUAGCAAUUCAAGUUCCAAGACAGUAAGAGAGCCAUAUUUUUCCUUGACUGCUAAAAUGAAACAUGAAUUGUUAUGCAUGUACCUCACAGAAAAUGCCAUUUUGAUGGCAUCCUCCUAAACUUUUGGAUUUACUUUAAUUACUUAAUGCUCUACGUGCAGACUUAGGGGCAAGACUAAUUGUCCAGAGGAGUGAAAACUGCUUAGGGUUAGAAGUUGAGCUUCAAGGAGACGUCAUCAGAAAUAGGAAACGUAGAGCUCCUAACCCAAGUAAUGUUAACACUGUUGUGAAGAAAAAAAGGGAGGUCUCUGAGGAGGUAUCAGACCCGAUUCCUGGUCCAGGUAUAUUUUAUACCAUUCUAUUCCAUCAAUCAAUCAACUAAUUAGUCCAUCCAUCCAACCAUAAUAACUCACAUCUUUCUGUCAUCAAUUUGUUAAUCAAACAAUACAUGUAUGUCCAACAAUAAAAAAAUCAAUAGCAUGUAUCAUUUCCACCAAGUAAAAAAAUAAUUUUUCCCAGUUGAAAUCCAAAAUCUUGCACCUUCAAAGGAAAAGAAUAUAAAACUUGAGUUAAGAUAUGGUUUUAUUUAAAAAGAGACUGGAAAUGAGAUCAUGCAGUGGUGUUACUUCCAUGCUGUGGUGUGGUGAGCAAAUAGUUUGGGUCAGGAAAGCUUUAUGAAAGAAAUCUGUCAUUAACAGUUUUUCAGAGGAUUAGAGAAUUUAUUUCAGUAAUUUCACUCAACAUAACUUUGUUUGGUGGGUUGGGAACCUUGUGUCACCUAGAAGGGAGGACUGACCCACAGAGUUUUCAAUAAAUCACUUUAGGUGAUCUAAAAGGAUUAAUUGGCAUGCAUGCUGCCAGUGUUCAGAAUGUAGAGUUGAUUCUCUGGGUGCAUCUGUUUUGGAUUUAAACUGCAAAAAAAUGUAAACUAAUUAGAGAAAAUUGGGCAUCAAAGUCUUGAAUUUCCAACCCCUGAACCUUUCUUUCAAAAUUGUCACAUACACUCUUGUUUCAUUAAUUGUUGUAUUUAUCAACAGCUGCUGUUGAACAUGGAGAUUCUGCUCUGAGAUUUCUUGGGGACAUGCAUUCUUUUGUUGAUAGCAACACUCAACCAAUUCCCUUGCCAGCUAAAGAAACUUAUGACAUGAAAGGAGGUGUGUCUGUUGAAACCAGAGGGUGGAAUCCCUUACAUUCUGCUGCAGAGGGUGGUAAUGAAGUUAUAAUUGAGACUUUGCUAUCUUCUGGAUUAGACAUAGAUUCAAGGGGUAAUGAUGGUACAACACCCUUAAUGGUGGCAGCUGCUAAAGGACAAGAGAAGACAGUAAACCUUCUUCUCAGCAAGGGAGCUGAUCCACACCUUAAAAACUUCUUUGGAAGAAAUCUGCUUCAUGCGGCAGCUGAAGGUGGCAACAUUUCCAUUGUGAAGAGCAUGCUCUCUCAUGGCAUUGACAUUGAUUCAAAAGAUGAUGAAUCCUCAGUCACCCCACUGAUAAUUGCUGCCAAGAAAAACCAUGUUGAAGUUAUGAAAUAUCUUCUUCAAAAGGGUGCAGACAUAUCUUUGACAACUGGAUCUUGCGAGAGGAAUGCUUUACACAUCGCAUCACAGAACGGAAGUGUUGCAGCAAUUGAGAUGUUGCUCUCUUAUGAUUUAAGACCUGACUCAAGAGAUAGAGAGGGAAACACGCCAUUAGCCUGUGCUGCAGCUUAUGGACAGAUAGAGGCUGUAAACUGUCUUCUUAAACAUGGAGCAGAUCCAUUACUGAAAGGGGAAGAUGGACGGAGCCUUCUCCAUUUUGCUGCUCAGUCUGGCAAUGUCAUCAUUAUUGAGACCAUGCUUUCUAAAGGUCUUGAUAUUGAUUCCAGAGGUGAAACUCAGGGUGAAACCCCUCUGAUGGUUUCCAUUGCAUCUGGUUCUAUUGCAGCCAUUGAGAUGCUGCUUUCAUACGGUUGUAACAUUGAUUCUAGAGAUGGUAGGGGAGACACAGCAUUGAUGCGUGCUGCACAUCUUGGAAAUACAGAGGUUGUAGAAUAUCUUCUUGCUAAAGGUGCUAAUCCAUUACUUUUAAAUAACUUAGAAUUUGGUCUGCUCCAUUUAGCUGCUCUUUCUGACAAUGUUCUCACUAUUAAGGCUGUGCUCUCUAAAAAUUUUGACAUAAAUGCUAGGUGUACAGUCCUUGGUGUAACUCCACUGUUGUUUUGCUUGGCAAAGGGUAAACUGGAGGCUGCAAACUAUCUGCUUGCAAUGGGCGCUGAUGAAAAUUUGAAAACUAAGGACAGGUUGACUGUUCUAUCUGCUGCAGCAUUCAGUGGUAACGUUGCAGCCAUUGAGAUGCUGCUUAAGCGUGGUCACAACCCUAAUUCCAGGGAUGGUUGUGAUAAGACACCCUUAAUGUGGGCUGCAGAGAGAGGAAAUAAAGCAGCUGUAGAAUAUCUUCUUCGUCUCACACACUAA